AUGGAUCAAAAGCUCAAAAGAUCAGCUAGGGCGAGGAAAUUGGAUUGUAAACAGGAUGAAGGUAAUUGGAAAUCCAAAUUAGUUGAUGAGAACUUGAAAGAAGACUUUGAGGAUGAAGUGUAA